AUGGUUGUGAUUUUCCCCAGAAAUACUCAAGUACCGGAUAGUAAAACAAUGCUAAUUGAAGGUUCACAGAGUAGGGAAUUGUCCAUUCGUCUGUACGAGGGAGAAGAUCCCUUGGUGGAAAAUAAUUAUUUUCUUGGCGAAGCUUGCAUCAGUAUACCUCCACCGUACACGAACAUCACGGAAGUGACAUUUUGUGUGGAUCAAAAUACAAACAUAUCACUUUAUACAAUCGAUAAAGCCACCGGGCAGCGAAUCGAUGUGAAAAUUCACGACGCGCGGAACCAGCUGUGUCGGCAGGAUAUUGACUAUAUUAUUCAAAAUUGCAAACGAAAUCUAGCGGCCGACAAGAACGAAACAGAACGAAUUGAAGAGAGGAAUCGUUUGCGAGUGGACGUGCAGCGAAUGAUGCAUGAAGCUCAAAAGCUUUUACACGACCGUAAAAAUGAUCUGCAUUUUAUUGAAACACAAUGUGACAUUGCCCUACACUGGAUCAAACAAUGUCCAAACUCAUCGCUGAAGAAAUACAAAGAAAUACGAUCAGAGCUGAAAAAAAUGUUUCAUAAAUUUGGGAUUUUCUUCGAAUCUGGAACUGCAUAA